AUGGUGAAGAAGGGCAAAGGCAAGGCUGAGCAGCCUGCCGCUGGUCCGGCCAACCCCGCCAAAGAUGCAGCCAAAGGCAAAAAGGGCCAAAAGACAGCCGAGCCCGCCGCCCCUCCGGUCCCGGCUGCACCGCCGCCGAAGCCCACGGUCAAGCAAAUCAUCGGAGGCUCGUCCUGGACGGGAAAACUCCCCGUCAACUUGCUGAGCGAGUACUGCCAAAAGCAGCAGUGGGGGAAGCCCGACUACGACACGAGGAAGACGCCCGAGGGCUUCUCGGUUUGGGUCACGUUGAGCGCCAAAGACCCGAAGACGCAAGAGAUGACGAAGCUGGACCCCUUCAAGAUCCCACCGACUCACAAGCAUCUACUGCUCAGGGACACGGCACUGGAGGCCAAGCAUGCGGCGGCUACGUACGCCCUCUUCCGCGUGUGCAGCAUGCAGAACAAGCACACCGUGCUGCCGCCGGACUACAAGUCCCUCUGGAAAGAGUUCCAGGCGCUGAAAGCGCAGGACGUCAAGGAGGGAAAGGCGUGGAUGUACGAGGCCGACCCUUUCAAGGCGCUGCAGGAACGCCAGGACGCUAAGGCCGCCGCCGAGAAGAAGAGAAAGGAGGCCGAAGCCGCAAAGGCCAAGGCGAAGGAUAUGCACGGCGCGGCGGGCCUCGUGCUAUUGAGCGGCGCCAACGGAGGUGCAGGGCCCAACCCAAUGAAGGGGUGGAUCACGGCGCCCAAGGUCGAGAUGGGCAGGAAGACGAGAGUGCAGCUCGAGGGACUGCUGCGACAGGGAAUCACCUGGAACCCACACGGCGUGCGCAUGCCUCAGAACCGAAAGGACGCGGUGGUUGCGGAGCUGGCCAAGCUGGGCUUCCGCCGCAGCCACGUCGCGGAAGCUGUCGAGUACUGCAAAGACCGGGAGGAGACGCUGGAGUGGCUGCUAAUCCAUGUGCCGGAGGACGACCUGCCGCGGUGGGUGUUGCCCGAGAGCUACUCGGCCGGCAUCUCCGUUGGAGCCACCAACUUGAGGCGGGAGGGCAUCAUCAAGUCGCUCUCGGAGACGGGUUACUCCCUGGAGCUCUGCACAAGGCUGGUCGACGAAAAUGGGGGCGACGAGGGCAAGGCCGCCGAGGCGUUGCAGAAUAUCCUGCUCUCUGCAACCUCGACCGAGCAGGCGUCCGAUGGCCCGGAUGAUUUUCUCGACCUGGGCUCUCCCGAAGAGCAGUGGCAAGAGGAAGUCGAAAGCCUCGAGGCCAUGUAUGGCGAAAACUUCCGCCGCGAGGGCGAUCAGGUCAUUCAGAUACGUCUGGAGUCUGUCAGGAACGCGCAAGAUCCGAAGCAGGGCGAGGUGGAGGCCUUUCUUCAAGUCCGGAAAGCAUCGAGCUAUCCAAAGCAUCUGAUUCUCGCCAUUGUCGCCAAGCUCCCGUCGUACAUAAAGCUGAGCGUCACAAAGAAGGCGCUGGCGUACAUGGAAGAGUCCCUUCAGGACGAGCCGAUGAAGAUAUACCUCGUCACGGAUUGGGUCCAGCAGAACAUCAACGCCAUCAUAGACAACCCGGGUAAACUGGUGGACAUUUCCGCGGUGUCGUCCGCUGCUUCCGAAAACCACCCCGUACCAUCGGCAGCAUCAAAACAGCGGUCCCGAAGGCCCCCAAGACACCUCCAAUGGCGGACGGACACCCAGAGCACGGAACGAUGGCUCAAAAGACAAGAAAGUCCCGCUUGGAAGGAUAUGCUGGCGAAGCGGAAGAGGCUGCCUGCUUGGCAAAUGCGAGAGCGCAUUAUUCAGACCGUCAUCGACAACCACGUUACCAUCAUCAGCGGAGAGACGGGAUCCGGAAAGUCCACACAGUCUGUGCAGUUUAUUUUGGAUGACUUGUACGGGCAGGGCCUUGGCGAAUGUGCCAACAUGAUUGUUACGCAGCCGCGCAGAAUUUCAGCGCUUGGCCUCGCGGACAGAGUGGCGGAAGAACGGUGCUCCCGUGUGGGCGACGAAGUUGGAUAUGCCAUUCGUGGAGAGUCACGGCAGUCACGGGACACGCGAAUCACAUUUGUUACGACCGGCGUUUUGCUGCGGCGAUUGCAGACGUCUGGCGGGCGAGUCGACGACGUCGUGGCAGCGUUGGCGGAUGUGAGCCAUGUCAUCAUCGACGAGGUCCACGAAAGAAGCUUGGAUACCGACUUCCUACUGAAUCUCAUCCGAGAGGUGAUGAGGACGAAAAAGGACAUGCUCAAGCUUAUCCUCAUGUCGGCGACCCUCGACGCGGACACAUUCAAGUACUACUUCGCCUCGGAGGGCUUGAAUGUUGGUACCGUUGAGAUUGCCGGUCGAACCUUCCCCGUCGAUGAGUAUUACCUUGACGAUGUCAUCCGCAUGACAGGCUUCAAUGCCGAAGCCAACGACAAGGGUUUCAUCGGUGACGAGGCAAUGGGCAAGAUCAUCCAGAAACUUGGACACAGAAUCAACUACAACCUGCUUGCGGAGACUGUCAAGGCCAUCGACUUUGAGCUUUCCUACGAAAAGAAGACGGGCGGCAUCCUUAUCUUCCUGCCCGGCGUGGGUGAAAUCAACCACGCAUGCAACUACCUGCGGUCGAUAAACUCCUUACACGUCCUACCCCUUCAUGCGUCCCUGGAGACGCGAGAGCAGAAGAGGGUAUUUGCUAGUCCACCGCCUGGGAAGCGCAAGAUCGUGGUGGCUACCAACGUCGCAGAAACGUCCAUCACCAUCGAUGACAUUAUCGCCGUGAUUGACAGUGGCAAGGUAAAGGAGACUAGCUUUGACGCGCAAAACAAUAUGCGGAGGCUCGAAGAGACGUUCGCGUCGCGAGCGGCGUGCAAGCAGAGGCGUGGUCGCGCGGGUCGCGUCCAGGAGGGCCGGUGUUACAAACUCUUCACGCAAAACCUUGAGCAGCAGAUGGCCGAGCGCCCGGAGCCAGAGAUCCGGAGAGUGCCGCUCGAGCAGCUCUGCCUCUCGGUGCGUGCCAUGGGCAUGCGCGACGUGGCACUCUUCCUGGGCCGGUCGCCCACUCCGCCGGCGGCGCUGGCCAUCGAGGGCGCUAUCAAGCUGCUGCAGCGUAUGGGCGCCAUGGAUGGAGACGAGCUCACGGCCAUGGGCCAGCAGCUUGCCAUGCUUCCGGCAGAUCUGCGAUGCGGCAAGCUCAUGGUGUUUGGCGCCAUCUUUGGCUGCUUGGACGACUGCGUGACGAUUGCAGCCAUCCUCAGCGCCAGAAGCCCGUUCCUGUCGCCGCAGGAGAGAAGAGAGGAGGCGAGAAGCGCGAGGAUGACCUUUUUCAGCGGGGACGGCGACCUCAUCACAGAUCUCGAGGCCUUCCACCAGUGGGACGGGCUGAUGCGAGACCGCAUCCCGCAGCGACAGGUGAGGUCGUGGUGCGACGAGAACUUUCUCUCCUUCCAGACAUUGUCGGAUAUCUCAAACACCAAGUCGCAGUUUUACACGGCGCUUUCUGAGAUCGGCAUCGCCACGCCGUGGAAGGCGGACGCAUCCUCGAGCGCGGCCCAGCGAGACCCGUUGCUGAUACGAGCUCUGAUCGCGUCAGCCUUUGCGCCGCAAAUCGCGAGGAUCCAGUACCCGGACAAGAAGUACGCGAGCUCCAUGUCGGGCGCCGUGGAGCUGGAUCCGGAGGCGCGAUUGAUCAAGUACUUUAACCAGGAGAACGGGCGCGUGUUUGUGCACCCGAGCAGCACGCUGUUUGGAAGCCAAGGCUUUUCGGGAAGCGCGGCGUACAUGUCGUAUUUUAGCAUCAUUUCGACGAGCAAGAUAUUUAUCCGCGACCUGACGCCCUUCAACGCGUACACGCUGCUCAUGUUCUCGGGCGCCAUCGAGCUGGACACGCUCGGCCGCGGCCUGCUGGUGGACGGAUGGAUCCGACUGCGAGGCUGGGCGCGCAUCGGCGUGCUGGUGGCGAGGCUGAGAGGCAUGGUGGACGACGUGAUUGCCAAGAAGGUGGAGAACCCGGGGCUGGACGUCGGCGAGGACAAGGUGAUUCGGAUGGUGAAGAAGCUGAUUGAGCUCAACGGGUUGGAUGCAUAA